CAUUUCAUUCAUCCUUGUGUUUAUUUGUUGGAAGGCGUAUUCGUGUUUAUUUUUCUCGUUGCAUUUUCAACUUGUAACAAUUCCGUACUCGUUUUUUGGAGUUCUCCAUCGAAUUAUGUUCGAACAUGGAUGCCGUGUUUGAUAUAUGUUACUUGUCGUCUGACGGUAAUAACGUCGAGCCUGAUGAUAUUCCUCAGACAAAGGAGAGUGUAUGGAUCUUGGGAAAAAAAUAUAGCGCUGUCCAGGAUUUGGACCGCAUCAGAAGGGACAUCACGUCAAUUAUAUGGUGUACCUAUAGGAAAGGGUUUAUUCCUAUAGGCGAUGAAGGUCUUACUUCUGAUAAAGGAUGGGGUUGCAUGCUUCGAUGUGGACAAAUGGUCCUAGGCGUCGCGCUCGUGAGAGUACAUCUGUCAGCUGACUGGGUUUGGACACCUGAGACUAGAGAUCCAACAUACUUGAAGAUAAUUCAGAGGUUUGAGGAGAGAAAGCAGGCUCCAUACUCUAUCCAUCAAGUGGCGUUGAUGGGGGCUUCAGAAGGCAAGGAAGUGGGCCAAUGGUUUGGACCAAACACUGUUGCACAAGUGUUGAAAAAGCUAGCAGUUUACGAUAAAUGGAGCUCCCUGGUGAUCCAUGUCGCUUUAGAUAAUACUAUUGUCAAAGAGGACAUUUUACAACAAUGCGUAGUGAACAACGACAGAGGCGAUACGUCGGCGACUCCGGACUGCGUGGUGUCUGACUGGAUGCCGCUGCUGUUAAUAGUGCCGCUCAGGCUCGGCCUUAGCGACAUUAAUCCCGUUUAUAUUGAUGGAUUAAAGAUAUGUUUCCAAUGCCCUCAAUCCAUCGGCGUGAUCGGCGGCAAGCCCAACCAGGCGCUGUACCUAGUGGGGUGUGUGGAAGACGAAGUUAUAUACUUGGAUCCUCACACCACACAGAAAUCUGGCUUAGUUGAGACUAAAUUGACUGAUGAACAAAAGGAAAUGGACUGCUCAUACCACUGUAAAUAUGCUUCCCGGAUACCCAUGCUGGCAAUGGAUCCUUCUGUAGCAGUGUGUUUCUUGUGUAGAACAAAAACCGAUUUUGAAGAAUUGUGUGCGACUAUAGAAACUAAGCUAAUGUGCGAGACACAGCCCCUGUUCGAAAUCUGCGAGAAGCGACCGUCGCACUGGGGGCCUAUGACAUCGGACAUAGAUUUACAAAAUACUACAUUAUUUACGGAAUUUGAAGACGUAGACAGACAAUUCGACGACUCGGACGACGAAUUCGAAAUUCUGUGAAAAUUGCGUACAACGGAAUAAUAAUGCAAUUUAUCACACAAACGUCUUAAUGUAGAUAGACCUUAAUAUAAUAUAUGUUUUAUGAAAUAGAUGACCGCACUCGUACUUAUGUACGGUAACGUAAUUGUUGUUUUAAGUUACCUACAUUGUAGACACUGAUAUUCAUGAAUAGUAAUAGUGCCUACGACUGGAUAGUGUAAGCCGCUACAUUAUAUUUUGCAGUGCCUUUACAAUUUUAUUGUGCAAUUUAUGUAAAUAAACACUUGAAAGUUAUGUACGCUGAUUGACAUUCCUGAGAAAAAUUGUGAUAAUCAGUGCAUCUUAUAGGCAACUCGCAUAGAGUUCAGGUAUCAUCUAGUCAUAAUUUAGAUAGACUCGAAAUAUUGAAGCUUAAUUAAUAAACAAUAACAAAUACAUAAUUAUUAUACUUGAAUUAAUAACUUGUAAUAAAGGGUUAAGUUUUAGUUCUUGUGCAUGUAUUGUCCAAAUAAGUUUUACAUUAAUUGCAUAAUAUGUACCUAUAUGCUGAGUAGUAGGUUUUAGUUUUAUCAGAGCCAAUUAUUAUAUGCCAUUAGCAUGUAAGCUAUAGGUUUAGCGUAAAAUAUCAUGUAUGUAUUUAAACUUGCGUGUCUAAGAUUUUUGUAACAGCAAGAAAUGUGUUAAAAUAACAAUUUGUGUUAUGUGUUUUAGGGUAAUGUUUUGUUACAAAAUUACAGGCUGGGUGGAACAGCCUACUCAAAUAUUUUAUAUAAAUAAAAGUGUUAAAAAUAA